AUGGUCUAUCGGGGACCUUCCAAAGAUUGCCUGCCAUGCAGAAAGCGCAAGCUCAAAUGCGACCUGCGCAAGGAUGGAUGUGGCCAGUGUCUGCGGGCCAACAUCUCGUGCUUUGGGUAUCGGGACUCAAAUGAGCUCAUCUUCCGUGACCAGACGCGCAGCGUUGAGCGCAAGAUGUUGGCUUCCAAAGCAACGACGGUGUCUCUGCAGUUUGGCACCCUGAAUCAUGUCAUCUUGCCCAACACCAGCAGCAGCCUGAUUCCGCAGCCGCAGACGCCGUGGAAUGUGCGCGCUCGCCACGACUUCUUUGCUCACUAUGUGUUUGGCUUAUCCAGCAGUUAUAACAUCUUACCUUCUUUGUACGAAAAGGCAAAAGCGGAUGAUCACUUGUCCGCUAGUGUAGACGCAGCCAGUCUCGCUUUUGCGGCGAAUAAGAACCCGGUAGAAUCAAGGGAGCUGUUCCGGCUAGCAGCUCAGCAAUACAUGAUUGCUCUACGGCGAGUCAAUGCAGCUCUCUCUAACCCAGAACUCUCGAGCGCCGAUUCCACGCUGCAGUCGGUGCUACUUCUCGACCUCUAUGAGAAGAUCAUGGGUCGUGACCUCAGGGCGGCGGCGCCUUGGCUGGCCCAUCUUAAUGGAGCUCUGGCACUAAUCAAGGCCCGCGGCUACAAUGACAUGAUAAGAAGCGACGUCAGCAGAACGUUGGCCAACAAACUCUUUAUAACCCUCCUCAUCAGCUGCUAUAUUGCUUCUCACCGGAUACCGGAAGGCGUGGCGGAGUUAGGGCGAAGGCUCGACAUAUAUCACGACAAGGAUGACGCCAAGUGGCGCCUUUCCAAGAUGAACCAACGGAUGAUCAAUUUUCGAAUCGAUGUCGCUGAAGGGUUAUUGUCUGACCGCGAGAUUGUUGCAACGGCAAAGGACCUCCACGAUGCGUAUCGUGAAAUUGAGGAUACCGUGUCCCAGAGAUGGCAGCCUAGGAAGGUGAUGGCUUCGGAGGAAGACCCUGCAUAUCGAGCUCUCAUCUUUGCAGAUUAUUACCAUGUUUACAGGGACCAUUUUACAACACAAGUGCGCAACACUGUUCGAAUAAUGCAGCUUCAGCUUCAAGCCUACAUCCAAACCCAUUUGGAGGAUGACGGGUCUGAUGAAGCGAACAACACUCUCGCAGAAUCAUUGAGCCGUACGGAGCGCUUCGCAGAGGAUGUUUGUGCCGCAGUACCUCCAUUUAUCCUCCCCGCCGCCCGCCCGAAUAACAGCAUCCCUUUCUCCAGCAUUCAGACACUGAAAUGUGGCAUCCUCCUUCCAGCACUCUUUAUAGCCGGUAGUGCAUCGAGAAACCCUGAGCUGCGCAUGUGGGCGAUUCGCACGCUGAGAUACAUGGCGGCAUCUGGAGAUAUACGGUCUGCGUCGAUGACUGCUGAUAUGUUGGAGAAGAAUCCGGGCAUGGACUUUAGAUACAUGUAUGCCAGGCUAGGCGGAUAUGCAUUCACAUCUUGA